GCAAGAAGAGAAGGCUGCAAUGGAUCUGUCUGUGGCCCUGGCGCUCUGCCUCUCCUGUUUGCUUCUCCUGUCACUCUGGAAACAGAGCUCUGGGAAAGGGACCCUCCCUCCUGGCCCAGCUCCCCUCCCCGUUAUUGGAAAUAUCCUACAAAUAGACAUUAAGAACAUCAGCAAAUCCUUAACCAGUAUCUCAAGAGUCUACGGCCCUGUGUUCACUUUGUAUUUUGGCACGAAGCCCAUCGUGGUGUUACAUGGAUAUGAAGCGGUGAAGGAGGCCUUGAUUGACCUAGGAGAAAUGUUUUCUGGAAGAGGCAGUUUUCCAGUGGCUGAAAAAAUUAAUAAAGGAUUUGGUAUCCUUUUCAGCAACGGAAAAAGAUGGAAGGAGAUGCGGCGUUUCUCUCUCAUCACCCUGCGGAAUUUUGGGAUGGGAAAGAGGAGUAUUGAGGAGCGUGUUCAAGAGGAAGCCCGCUGCCUGGUCGAGGAGUUGAAAAACACCAAGGGUUUAUCCUGUGAUCCUACUUUUAUCCUGAGCUAUGCUCCAUGCAAUGUGAUCUGCUCCAUUAUUUUCCGGAAUCGUUUUGACUAUAAGGAUCAGAAUUUUCUUAGCUUGCUGAAAAAACUAGAUGAAAACCUCAGGAUUAUGAGCUCCCCAUGGAUCCAGGUCUGCAAUAAUUUUCCUGCUGUUAUUGAUUAUCUCCCAGGAAGUCAUAACACAAUACUUAAAAAUUUUGCUUCUGUUAAAAAUUAUGUUUUGGAGAAAAUAAAAGAGCAUCAAAAAUCCUUGGACAAUAAUAAUCCUCAAGACUUCAUUGAUUGUUUCCUGAUCAAAAUGGAAGAGGAAAAGCACAAUCAACAGUCUGAAUUUACUAUCGAGACCCUGUUAGGCACUGUAACGGAUUUGUUUGCUGCUGGGACAGAGACAACAAGCACCACCCUAAGAUAUGGACUCCUACUCCUGCUUAAGCAUCCAGAGGUCACAGCCAAAGUCCAGGAAGAGAUUGACCGUGUGAUUGGCAGAGACCGGAGCCCCUGCAUGCAGGACAGGAGCCGCAUGCCCUACACGGAUGCCAUGGUUCACGAGGUCCAGAGGUACAUUGAUCUCAUACCCAACAGCUUGCCCCAUGCGGUGACCUGUGACGUUAAAUUCAGGGACUACCUCAUCCCCAAGGGCACUACUAUAAUUACAUCGCUGACUUCUGUGCUGCAUGACAACAAAGAGUUUUCCAACCCUGAGAUAUUUGACCCUGGCCACUUUCUGGAUGAGAGUGGCAACUUUAAGAAAAGUGACUACUUCAUGCCUUUCUCAGCAGGAAAACGGAUGUGUGUGGGAGAGGGCCUGGCCCGCAUGGAGCUGUUUUUAUUCCUGACCACCAUUUUGCAGAACUUUACUCUGAAAUCUCCGGUUGACCUAAAGGACAUUGAUAUCACUCCAAUUACCAAUUCCUUCGGCCAUGUGCCUCCCCCAUUCCAGCUCUGUUUCAUUCCGAUCUGAAGGAAGGCAGACCAUCUGGCUACUGCUGCAUUAUCACCCAGAACUCUCCCUCAUUAAGGACAUCAUCUUCCUCCUCCCCUCCAUGAGGGAUGUCUUCUCUGACCUGUCAUCUCACAUCUCUCCAUUUCCUCAA